AUGACUCCUUGGGCCCAGCCUGUAGGCCACGACCGGCUGCAAACCUGGAAGGCCGGCGGCACAAUGGCUUUGACCAUUCAUCGGCUCGUUUCCCUAGUCCAUAAGGCGAAGGAUUCGCGCUGUCUUCCUCGCGAUGACCGGGGCGCAGAAAGUUUGUUGUUGUUACUAGGCUCGUAUCGUGCCUGCUCAGAUGCAAAGGAAGCUCUGUCGCAUGAGCCAAGCCAAGUACUAGUGAGUUUACUUCCUAAGCCACAAACUAAGAACUUGAUAGCCACACAGAGAAUCUUUUUUGUCAAGCAACUUUGGAUGACAGCCUUGUGA